AUGCUAACGAUUAUUAGAGAUUUACGGAAAGUCUCAGAUCCGACUGUUGACACCGACUCCGACAGACGACCCCUGAAAUUUGUGCUGUCAGAAUCGGAGUCAACAGUCGAAUCCGAGACUUUCCAAAAGAGUGCUGAUUUAACCUGUAAUGCUAAUAAUGAAUGUCUAAGUCCAAUGACAUGUAAAAGUGGGACUUGUCAAUGUGCUUUGGAUCAGUAUUGGACAGGUUCUACUUGUUCUGCAGAAAAAAGUGUGAAUGGGACAUGUACUGCUAACAUAGAAUGUGCUCCUAUACUGACUUGUUCAAGUGGUCGUUGUCAAUGUUCUACAAAUCAGUAUUGGACCGGAUCAGCUUGUGCUGCACAAAAGAGUGUUUCUGUAAAAUGUAGCGCUAAUAAUGAGUGUCUAAGACCAAUGACGUGUGCAGGUGGAACAUGUGAAUGUGCUAUAAAUCAGCGUUGGACAGGAUCGACUUGUGUUGCACUGUUUGGUGUUCCAACAAGCGUCAGUCUUAGUACGGCAAGCAGAAGUAUUCUGAUAUCAUGGAAUAAGCCGGUUGACUCAAAAAGUACCAUCAUAGGAUAUCGUGUACGGGUCCUCGUAAAUCAUGAGUGCGUAGUAGAAAUACUCCUUGUUUGUAGUACUGGGUGUACCAAUGUGAUGAUACAACAUAUGUGCUCUGCAGAAAAAAGACAGAUUCGAGAAAAUAGAAGAAAUACCGAACUGAUGGAACCAAUGUCGUAUGAAAUAAACCAAUUACUACCAUAUACAGCUUAUAACGUGUGGUUAAAUGCGAUAAAUGACGCUGGUAAUGGUAACAGGAGUGUAUCAUUAGUAACAACUGAUUCCGAAGUUCCCGAAAAGCCGCUUAAUGUAGCUGCUUCCGUUAUUAGUUCAAGUGAAAUAAAAGUAAGAUGGAAACUACCAGGUCCAAAACCAGGGAUGACUACAUAUUAUAUCAAAGUUUAUGAAAUGGUAAUAAAUGCUCAACCAGUAUUUCUAAGAGGAGAAAAUGUAACUGGUUUUGAUAAGCAGAUCGCUGAGUUUUCUGGACUAGAUGCAUUUUGGAAUUAUACGUUUACGGUAGUUGGUACGACAGAUAAAGGCAGCAGUGAAGAGUCGGAUAUGUCAGCUAUAGUAACAACAUAUCAAGAUGCUCCUGGAAAAGUGACGAAUUUUGUAAUAAAAAGACCAUCAACUUCAUCGACAACAAUGGAAGUUUCCUGGUCUAUACCAUUAUUAAAAGACAGAAACAGUAUCAUUAUGGAGUAUAAGAUAAACCAUAACAUCAGUGAGCCAGUUGCAUUCUAA